AGAGACACUGAGACAGAGAGAGAGAGACACUGAGACAGAGAGAGAGAGACACUGAGACAGAGAGAGAGAGAGAGAGAGAGAGACAGUCACUGAGAGAGAGAGACACUGAGACAGUGAGAGAGAGAGAGAGAGAGACAGUCACUGAGAGAGAGAGACACUGAGACAGUGAGAGACAGAGAGACGGACACACUGAGAGUGAGAGACACAGAGAGAGAGGGAGGUCGCUGAGGGAUCACAGAGAGAGAGGGGGAUCACAGAGAGGGAGAUUACUGGGACAGAUCUCUAGGAUAGAGACAACACUAAGAGAGAAACUUCAGGGAAAGACAUCACUGUGAGUUUGAGUCCACUAGAAGAGAGACCUCACACAGAGAGAUAAAAAUACCUCUCAGACAGACAUCACUGAGAGAGACACAUGCAAACUACUGAGAUACAAAUCACAAAGAGACACGCUUCUGCGAAAAGAUUGACGUCUUGGAGAACCAAAUUUGAAGAGGUACUGAGGUGCUGAGAGACAUGUUUUAUGCUGCACCUUGUAUAGAGCACUCACAUUGAGCUACUUUCAACCCAGACUGAGAGAGACUGCUGCACCUUGCAUGGAGAGCUCACAUUGAGCGAGUCCGCAGUCCCCGAGAGGCUGCCCCAGGAGCGGAGUCCGCAGUCCCCGAGAGGCUGCCCCAGGAGCGGAGUCCGCAGUCCCCGAGAGGCUGCCCCAGGAGCGGAGUCCGCAGUCCCCGAGAGGCUGCCCCAGGAGCGGAGUCCGCAGUCCCCGAGAGGCUGCCCCAGGAGCGGAGUCCGCAGUCCCCGAGAGGCUGCCCCAGGAGCGGAGUCCGCAGUCCCCGAGAGGCUGCCCCAGGAGCGGAGUCCGCAGUCCCCGAGAGGCUGCCCCAGGAGCGGAGUCCGCAGUCCCCGAGAGGCUGCCCCAGGAGCGGAGUCCGCAGUCCCCGAGAGGCUGCCCCAGGAGCGGAGUCCGCAGUCCCCGAGAGGCUGCCCCAGGAGCGGAGUCCGCAGUCCCCGAGAGGCUGUAUCUGGACAAAAGGAUAGCUGUGACCUUAACCAAUCUUUGAGAUACUUUUAAGAGGAUAGAGAGGUGCACAUGGGAAUUCAACACCUGGCUGAGUGAUUAUAUGAGGGUUCCAGCCAUCUAAUGAGAGACUCUGAGCUUCAGGAUCAUAAUGUCUGAAGGAAUCAUGAGCAAAGCGGCAACAAUGGAGAUUCCCAUCAGCAGCAACGGGGUCUCCACAACCUUGAAUGAAGAUGAGAGUUUGGAACAGGAUUUGCAGCAAGUUAUGGUCUCUGGGCCGAACCUGAAUGAGACGAGUAUUGUAUCAGGUGGAUAUGGAGGAACCAAUGAAGGCAUUAUUCCUACUGGAAGCUUAAAAGGACCAGCUGUGCAGGUUAAUCCCAACUACAUUGGACUGCGUUACCUGACUGCAGAGGGACAAGGACCUCUAUCUCAGUCGGGUUCUGGUUCUGCUCUGACCUCUGAGGAGCUUUCGCGAGGUUUAGCCGUGGAAAAGUUUGAUCUUGUGAAGAAGUGGGGAAUAAACACGUAUAAAUGUACAAAGCAGUUGAUUUCUGAACGGUUUGGCCGUGGAUCUCGCACUGUGGAUCUUGAACUGGAAACGCAGAUCGAGCUUUUGAGAGACACUAAACGUAAAUAUGAAGGAGUUCUGCAGCUGGCAAGAUCAAUGACUGCUCACUUCUACAACUUGGUGCAGACACAGCGAGCGCUGGGAGAUGCCUUCUCUGACCUGAGUCAGAAAUCUCCAGAGCUUCAGGAGGAGUUUGGCUACAAUGCAGAGACCCAGAAGCUUUUGUGUAAGAAUGGAGAAACUCUACUGGGAGCGGUCAACUUUUUUGUGUCCAGUAUUAACACUCUGAUUAACAAGACCAUGGAAGACACAUUAAUGACUGUAAAACAAUAUGAGACUGCAAGGCUAGAAUAUGAUGCUUACCGAGCUGACCUGGAAGAACUCAGUUUAGGCCCUCGAGACGCAGCCACUCUGUGCCGCAUAGAAAUUGCUCAGCAAAACUUUCAGACACAUCGCACUAAAUAUGAAAAACUGCGAGGAGAUGUAACCAUCAAACUUCGCUUUCUGCAGGAAAACAAGGUGAAAGUGAUGCACAAACAGCUUCUCCUCUUCCAUAACGCCAUCUCCUCCUACUUCGCUGGCAAUCAGCAGCAUUUAGAGGCAUCCCUGCAACAAUUUCAUAUCAAGCUAAGCAGUGCGGCUAGUGACAAACCUUCAUGGUUGGAGGAGCAAUGAGCAGCCGCCCGAAGUUUAUUUCUACGCAUACAGGGACCUAACACACUCCUGUGUGUGUGUGCAUGUUACAUGUGACAGUGUGUAUGUUGGCACGUAUGUGUGUGAAUGGUAUGUAUCUAUGUGUUGCUGUGCGUGAUAUAUUUGUAUUAGCGAGUGAGUAGAUAUGUGUCGGUACUGCAUACCAUAAUGUGAGCAGAGAGAGAUCAGCCGAUGGCUCCAGUACAUUUUGCUGUCUCCCAUCUGGAGUCCACCUUAUUGCUGUGUAACUGAGAUUAUUUAAAGCUAACUCCCCCAUCGAAUGAAAUGACUUCACGGCAUCCCUCAUGAAUCCAACCAAUACAUAACACUCCAUGCUUCUUCCCACAUUGGUAUCCCUUCAGACUAUAUCCAAGAGACCAGUAGCAUUGUAUUGACAGCAUCUGUCUUGCCUCCUUACUGUCACCCUCUGAAUGCUAAUUCCUUGACUGCGUCAUUGGAGCUUCCUCCAACAUUCAAAAGGCCCUGAUUAUGACCUUCCAUAGCACAGGGCACUAUAUAAGCCUUCCAUAAUGACAGGCUUCCCAUAUUAAGAGGAUGCUUCAAGAUAACAGUAUGUGAAACCUAACCUAACAUAAACCGAGCACACUACAAAGUAAAGUUCACACGGCAAACGCCAUUUACAUCGUAUAUGAGUUGGUCAUGGUCGUUUAACACUUCAGUAGUCAGCAGGUCCUCAUCUCAUGUAUAUGGACCCCUCAGCAUAACAUCCCCACGUGUACACACAACAGUAUCACACUUGUGCUCUGACCAUAGUCGACUUUAUGAUCAGUCUGUAAUUCAGGGUCUCUUUGCUAAAUAUCAAAAUUCCACCAGGUCCAUGGCUUUCACAUAAUCACCAACUUGUAAAAACCCCAAUGCUCAGUUUAAACUACUGUGAUUAUACAGUAUCCAUAUACCACUGACCCAGUGAUUGACACUAUCUAUAGAAAUUUGGAUAUAGCAACAAUUAUCAUCAGUAGGAUGGCAGCAGUGUUUGCAAGGAUAUUAGUGUGGUAAUGGUAUCUACUAGUAUUCUGGGUGAUGUGUUGUUAGGGAAGGAAGUAAUAACACUAUCUAUAGGGCUAGCUUAAGCUAUAAUUCGAGGCAAUAACACCACCAAGGUCUACUGGGACAGUUUGAUAGUCUUUGGGAAGGGACACCGUAGUCAUGCUGUUUUUUUUUUUGUUUUUUUUUAGGAAGGACGAGGUAGUUAAACCGUCUGUAAUGAAAGACGAGAUACUUGCUCAGUCUAUACGGAAGGAAGAGGCAGUGUCUCAAUCUGUUAAGACAAGAUAGUUGUUCAGUCUUUAAGAAAGGACGAGGUAGUUGAGUUGUCUGUAAGGAAGGAUGAGGUAAUCAAGCUCUGUGUAAGGAAGGAUAACGUAUACAUCCACCUGUUGGAAGGAAUGAAUUAGUAAUGCCGUCUGCAAAUAAAGACCGAGCAGUAAUAAUCUGUGGGCAAGGCCGAGACAGUAACACUAUCUGUGAGGUUGGUAGAAGCUGUAACACUCUAUAAGGAAGGCCAAUAACACUAUCUGUGAGGUAGGUUGAGGCUGUAACGCUCUGUGAGGAAGGCCAAGCCAGUAACGCAAUCUUUGAGGAGUAAGGA